AUGGAGGCGUUUGCGGGAGCGCCUAUGGCCAUCGCCGUGGCCGUGGUCGCGGCGUCCGCCCUGCUGCUGCUGCUGCUGCGAGGGCCGGCCCGGAGGCCGAGCGGCCUCGUCACCCUGCAGGACCCGCUGGCCAAGUACCCGCUGCGGCUGCUGGACAAGGAGGAAAUCAGUCACGAUACAAAGAAAUUUAGAUUCGGGCUACCCUCAACAAAUCAUGUAUUAGGAUUACCUGUAGGCCAGCAUGUUUACCUUUCUGCAAAAAUUGAUGGGAGUCUGGUGAUUCGAGCCUAUACCCCCAUUUCCAGUGAUGAGACAAAAGGAUAUGUUGAUUUAAUUAUAAAGGUCUACCACAAAAAUGUGAACCCCAAGUUUCCAGAGGGUGGGAAGAUGUCCCAGUAUCUAGAUAACAUGAAGAUUGGAGAUACCAUUGAUUUCAGAGGGCCGAAUGGACUGCUGGUCUAUAAGGGGACAGGUGAAAACAGGAAGGAGAACGACAGGAAAAGCACAGUCCCUACUUUGGAUGUCUUUCCUAAAGACUCUCUGCACUGUAUGCUCUUUGUGUUCAUUAAAUGA